GCGCGAAGAGAAGAGAGAGAAAAAGAAAACACAGUCACACUCUCUCUCCCUCUCUCUCUCUCUCUCUAUCCCCAUCACAAUUUCCCCCCAAAAUUACCCCAAAUUUCCCUAUUUUUCUCCUCAACUCCCUCAAUUUUCCCUAAAAUUCCUCGCUCCAAUGCGGGAUCUCCGAUCCCUGUGCAAUCCCCUGCCCUGAUCGAUCCAAUUUUCCCGAAUUUUUCCGGGUAAAAAUUGGUGCUUUAACUGAGUACCAGAGGGGGGGAGUGUGGGGGAGAAGAGGUGGAGGAGGAGGAAUGCUAGAGGCCGUUGAUCGGGGAAUGAACGGCGGAUUCGCGCCGAUGCAGCAUAGCUGCGGUGAGAGUAGCGAGGAGGAGCUCUCGGUGCUCCCGCGCCACACGAAGGUGGUGGUCACGGGGAACAAUCGCACCAAAUCGGUUCUCGUUGGCCUCCAGGGCGUGGUCAAGAAGGCCGUUGGGCUCGGGGGUUGGCAUUGGCUGGUUCUGACGAAUGGCAUAGAGGUGAAACUGCAAAGGAAUGCCCUUAGUGUGAUUGAAGCCCCCACUGGUAAUGAGGAUGAUCAUGAGCUUGAAUGCGAUAAUAUGCAAUGGAAUAUUUCAGAUUUGGCAUCAGAUGACACACAAUUGCAAAAGCCUCAAAGGUCCAGAAGCAGGCAUCAUAAGGGAGCUGGACACAAAUCCUUGAGUCGGUCCCAUUCUUGUGAUUCUCAGUCCAAGAGUUCUGUUUCAUCCUCCAGGGUUACCACGAAAGUUGAUCUCAGCAAGCUCGAAACCAGAGCAUUGUGGAGAUAUUGGCAUCAUUUUAACCUCGAUUCCAUUCCUAACCCCUCUAAGGAGCAGUUAAUUGAUGCUGUCCAGAGGCACUUCAUGUCGCAGCAAUUGGAUGAGUUGCAGGUAAUAGUGGGCUUUGUGCAGGCCGCGAAGAGGCUGAAGACCGUCUGCAACUAACUCACAGAGCGGGCUUCGCGUUUCGUCACUAACAUAUUCGUAGUAGGGGUGGGGGCCUUGUAUUGCCUGUAGUUAAUAUUAUGUAACAUAAAAUAUGUAUCCUUGAGUUUGGUUUCUGGAACAACUUCGAGUGAAUAGGCUAGGGUUUUAUUUGUUUCCUAUUAGUGUUGUAAUGUGGGGUAUAUAUGUAUACUGUUGCUGAAGACCUUGAGCCUUAUAGCUUUCGACGCUUUCCGGUGAUGCACCGCCAACUAACUACUUUGGGUCAAAACAGUAGAUCUCUAAGAAGUACCAGUUUUCUAAUUUCCUGGUAGAAUGAUUGAGCAAAAUGAUGCGCGCGUCGAUAUUAAUUGUACAAUACAGGGGGUCUUAUUAUCUUUUUACUCAAUAUUGGCCAUUUUUAUAAAUUCGGGGCCGGAGCGAUGAAUAGUUUACAUAGAAUUUUUUGUAGGUAGGAUUGUAUCCUCAUCAGUUGUUGCCUGCUAUGUGCAUUUGGGUGAAGGUUAGUUGCUUUUCUGGGUAUCUUCUGUUGUUCCUGUUAUGAUGAGAGAGCAUCUACAGGAAAAUUGAGUGAUCUUCCUCUUUAUUUUGUUAGAUUAGGUUUUUACUUUGAAGGUGUACAUUAUUCAACGAUGUGUGAGCAAUUUGGGGCAAGCCAAAAACAGGUCAUAGUUAAGAAGUUUCUUAACAGUGGCAUAACAUUUGGGGCUGUGGUUCAAGAAUUGUAAUAUUUUGGAAAUGUUAUACACGUUACAUUUGGAUUGGCAAA